CCGUAUUUUCCCACGUAAACUGAAAAAAAAAAUUCGAAAAAAGUUAAAAAUUAAAAAAUUGUGGGGUAUCUCCGUCAUCGAAAACCUAAGAAUCCGCUGAGAAAAAAAAAAUUUUUCGAAAGCUCGGUUUUUGUGGUGGGGUGACUGUCGUCCAGUCCUACCGUCAAAUGAAGCCCUCACCAGAAAACUUGUUAUGCUAAAAAUAACAGCUAAAGGUCUGGUACACAGAAAUAUGCUAUUAAGACGACUUAUCUGUUGCAUACGAUUUUUUGCCAUAUUAAGUAAAUUCCCAGGAAACGCUUCUAAUAGAAAGGCAGAAGACACCAGAAGCAAAAAUAAGGAAUAUACACGGACAGUUAAAUAUAGAAGCGUAAAAUAUACUGGAUUUUGUCCACAAUUAAAGUUUACUAUAGGAAAAACUUUUGGGCAUGCAACAGAGAAAUCAUUUAAAGAUGACGAAAUUAAUCCUUACCUUACAAAUACAGAGAAAACUUUGUUAAGACGGAAAUAUCCAGCUUUUGAAGAAAGACUUCAAAAUAACAAUGACCAGAUUUUGGAAAGAAGACGAAAUUCUCCAGGAAACAUAUUUCAAGAAAAUAUGAUAUCUGGUUAUACAGGCUGUAUUCCUUGUCUUCAAAAUUAUCACGGGCAAACCUUUCGAAAUAUUUGGCGAGAUAGUCUGACAGAGUUUGAAUAUAACCAAAUAAAAAAUAAUUUAAGAAGGCAACAACUGGGUUUUGAACCAAGCUCAAAAGUUUGUGAUAUAAAAUGUCAUUCUGGUUUUCUGAAACUCCCAGAAGUUCCCACCCUAAGUAUGACACAGACCGCACCUGACUUUCUUCCCUUUUACUCUAAGAGUCAAACCAGACCACAUGUAUCAGUUUUACAGAGAGAUAAUAUUGAUCCACAGAAAUAUCAUAUACCUGGAUAUGCAGGAUUUGUACCUCGUUAUCGACCACUGAUAGGAAGAGUAUAUCCAGAGCUGACACAUCAAGCUUUGUGCCAAUUUACUGAUGAAAUGGAAAGAAGAGAAAUGAAACCUACAAGUGCAGCUGCAUGUGAAAGUAAGAAAGGCCUUGUAGAAACCUAUAUCUAUCCAGAAAAAAGUUCUAUUGUACCAAUGUAUACAGGACAUAUUCCAGGUUUACGAGAUUCUUUUGGGAAAACAUUAGGCAACAAUACUUAUGAUAUAAGAAACCAACUAAUUAAUGAGGGAAUCAUAAAAUACUGAAUACAGAAAGAUAUUGGUUGGAUGGUUUGGUCAUUUUGCAAGGAAAGUAAAGAGUUAAUAUUUAAGCUGUAAAGAACACUAACAAAUCCAGUAUAAAAUCAUUUUCCUUUAAAAAGUCA